CUGAGGGUGUGUCACUCUCCUAGGCAGGGAUAGCGUUCCCAUUAUGUUCUGGUUUUCAUGCUGUCAGAAGCUGCCAUCCUCCUACCUUAUUAUUGUGGAAGUGAGGAGAAGACUACGCCGCUAGAAACAUAAUGUGAUUCUCAACCAACAGAAUUAAGUUCUGUCACCAUGUUAAUGAGCUUAUGAUAGCUACGAGACCAGCUCGGUUUCUUUAACAAUCCUUUUGAGUUGCUCGCUGACAGGUUAGCUUCCUGCGGCUAACUCCGCUAUGUGAACUAACUCAGAGGCGAUAAAGAAACUCCCUGCAACUCUCAGGUGGGUGAACAUUUUGACUUUAUAUUUAAAUAUUAUUAUUCACAACAUGAGAUACUGUUAUUGGUUUCAUUAAGUGUUAGUCAUAGCUACCCUACUACUGUAUUUUAGUCAUGUUUCUCUGCUAACGCCUGCUCAAAAGUUGCUAACUAGCCAGGUGGCUAACUUUGACUGAAAGGUGCAGAGACAGCAAUUCGUUUAAGAUAGACCCUCCAAAUUACUCUUUUCAACAUUAAGACGAAUCAUAAGCCAGCUAUAAAGUCAGUUUCUCAUUAAUCUUGUCAAGGUAAAGCCACAUAAUCUGUCUGAAACACCCAGUUACUAUAAUUUCAGAUUGGUAAUUAUUGCUGAUUCAUUAAUAAUCUAACUUGGUGUCUGUUUUUACUGAGGGGGUGACCUGUGACAGUCACGAUUAACAGCAGAAUACUUCCAUUUUCAUUGUGGUAUUUUGUCCCCAAACCUCGUCCAAGCCUGUCUCUGUUAUUACAAUCCUAAACUUAAAAAUGCCCUGUUAUGAUCAUGACAGUAUUGUGUGUCAGUGUUAUGAGUUUGCUGCUUUUCGUGGCUGAAAUAAGAGGAUGGAUUUAUUUUUUAUUGACUAAUAAUACUCGAGACUUGGGAUCAUUAGAAGGUACUAAAAAAUAGAUAUUGUAAUAAAAAAACAUUCAAUGAUUAAUUAACAAACAUUUUUCCAUUUACAUUCAAAUCAAAUCAACUUAUUUCAUCUGUUACGAAUUUCAUUUGCAGAAAAAGCGCCAGUGCAGAAACAGAUAAACCAUAGCACAUGUUCAUUCACAGAUCACAACCUAGAGUUCAUAAUAAAUACAAUAAAAACAUUAAAAACAAAAGGUCAAUCAUACUAGUCCUUCUCUACAAUAUUGUGUGGCAAUCAGCAGUCUAACAGGCGGAUGGAGGUGGGAAGGAAGCUGGAGGUGGCCCUCUUUGUCCUCAGUGGGAGAAACCUGUACCUGUGCCCUGAAGGCAGCAGAGUAUGGCUGUGUCCGACAUGAAUCACUCAAUCCCUAACCCCUAACCCCCAUAUGGGAUUUCACUAUAUAGCUGACUAUGUAGUGAAUUCAAUUACCGGAGGUUUCGGACACUACAUGGCAAGAAGCAAUGCAUGACGGGAUGCCCACCACCGGUGAGUGACCAUCGGAUGGUCACUACAUUUUGCAAUGCUUUAUGGGAAAUUUUGAGUCGCCUGUAUAGGGCACUGGAAUUGAUCACUGAGAUUUCGAACACCCCUCAAAAUGGCGCUAACCCCCGUGUAGUCACCUAUAUAGGGGUUAGGGAUCCAUUUCGGACCAGCCUAUAGUGAGGGUGCAGGGUGUGUGAGGGGUCAGUGGAGAUUUGCUUGCCUUUCCCCAGGACUCUGGUGUUGUAGAUGGUGGUGAGUGACUGCUGUUCCUGACCAAUGAUUUUGCUGCUGAUUUUGAUCAUUUUAUUAAGAGUGUUGCGGUGAGUAAGGGUGAGUGAGUGAGCCAAACCAGGCAGUGAUGUUGAAUGUGAGGAUGGAUUCAAUGAGACAUUUAUAGAAAACAGCAAGAAUGGACUGGUGAACCUGAAGUUUUCGGAGCUUACGGAGAAAAAAGAGGCGCUGUUGGCAUUUUGAUAAAAAUGUGUUCAGUGUUGAGUUGAAAUGUAAGUUUGCGGUUGAUUAUGGAGCCGAGAUAUUUAUAUGAGGGGACCUUUUCAAUUGUUUCAUUGUUGAUUGUGAGUGAGGGUGUGGUGGAGUGGCCAUGAUGGAAGUAAAUGACCAUUUCCUUCGUUUUAGAUACAGUAAGGUCUAGACAGUUGUCCCUACACCACAGUGAAAAAGAGUCCAGUUCUGCUUGCAGUAGUCCGACUGUGUUUGUGUACAUUAUAAUUCAAUAUUCAUGGUUAUCUUUGCCAGAAACAUGUUUCAGAUGGAUUUGGAGUCCACUCACACAAUGAUAGGAAAAUAUAUUUUAUCGAUGUUAUAUUCAUUCCAGAGGCAAUAUCAAACUCCAUUAUUCUGUUCAUCAUAACAAAUGCAUAUAAAGCACCUGUCAGUAACAGAUUUGACCAGUUAUCAUUUCAGGUGUGAUCAUUCAAGGGGAAAUUGACAGUAAUAGACAACAGCUACAUAAGCAAGGCUGCCUGCAGUGUCUGCAGCCAUUAUAUGUUCAUUUAUUUAAAUCAAAAUAAAAAAAAUAAAAAUAUUGUAGCGACUGCUUUCCUUCAACAAAAAAGGCCGCUGGGGUUCAGGUUCGCUUGCAUCUGUGACUCGCUUGAAGCUUCUGUAAUCUUAUGAAAUGACUCUUUGAAUAAAUCCAUAAAAAAAGCUAACCCUGACUCUUUCCUGUAGGUGUUGCAGGUUGCUCUCAUGUGCCCAUGGAGAAGGUGGCCUUUGAGGGGUGGCUGGAGUCAGUCUCCGCCGCUUUCCUUACUCUGAAUGACCAGCAGAGGAACCAGUCUCUAGACCAGCUCAUCUCUCUCAGCGGUGCUGUUCAGCUGCGUCACCUAUCCAAUGGACUGGAGACGCUGCUCAAACGGGACUUCCUGCGACUCCUACCUCUGGAGCUGGCCUUCUACCUGCUGCGCUGGCUCGACCCGAAGACCCUGCUCACUUGCUGCCUUGUCUGCAAACAGUGGAAUAAGGUAAACAUGGAGUUACCUGGAGUCAUGACCUGCUUGUUAUUUGUUCAAAUUGUUUGCUCAUUUUCCUCACUUGAAUCUGUUUCUCAUGUCUUCAGUAGGGGUGUGGUGAUCACUUGGUAGAUUAGCCUUCAUUAGCAGUGGACUGAUAGUUUUCUUUUAUACUUGUGCAGCACAGCAAGCAUUAAAAGGGCCCCUCUCUUCACAGGUGAUCAGCUCGUGCACUGAGGUGUGGCAGGGUGUGUGUCGGGAACUUGGCUGGAGGAUUGAUGAGUCCAUCCAGGACGCGUGUCACUGGAAAGGGGUCUAUCUGAAGGCCAGCCUGAGGAUGACGCAGCUGAAGGACCAGGAGGCCUUUGAGACGUCGUCCCUCAUUGGACACAGUGCUCGAGUUUAUGCACUCUACUACAAAGAUGGCCUCCUCUGCACAGGUACACUCAGCCCUGCACAGGAACAUUACUGAACUGAUGGUUAGACCACAUGUAAACCCUCAUAACCUGAGGGGGGGUCAGCUCAUGAUUCGAGUCUGCUUUUCUUUCAGGAUCUGAUGACCUCUCUGCCAAAUUAUGGGAUGUGCGCACUGGGCAGUGCAUUUAUGGCAUCCAGACACACACCUGUGCCACAGUGAAGUUUGAUGAACAGAAGUUGGUGACCGGCUCCUUUGACAACACUAUUGCAUGCUGGGAGUGGAGCACCGGUGCUAAAAUCCAGCAGUUCAGAGGCCACACAGGAGCAGGUCGGUUUCCACGAUCUCAACUUUUUGAAGUUAUUUUGAAGAUGAUUUAAAAACUUUAAAAACAAUAUAAUAAUCCUUUACAUUUUUCUUCAGUAUUUAGGUGUAAAAAUACAUGAGAAAUUCAUGCACAUUCUCAGCUUACAAAUCAACCAAAUCAAAAAUCUGCUUUCAUAAACAGAAUUUUUUGUAGCUUCUGUUUGGUUUUGACCAGAGACUGUGCCGUAUUUUUCGCACUAUAAGUAGCUGCAGUGCUCCGACAAGCCGAAAGGAUUUUAAGUGCGCCUUAUAGUGCGAAAAAUACGGUAUAAAGAAUGGACGCCGUCUGCAUCCUCGCUGGGUGAAGCCGCUCCGAGAACAGCACACUUUGGCAGCGAGCUGCAGUAUAGAUCAUAAAUCGGGGGUCUAUGAUUGACACUUGAUGCAGCCUAUGGGCGUGCAAAGAUUGCGUAGCUCACCCAGGGGAUACGCUGUUUGAGCUGAGCAUCAUCACCUCAACUCUCGGCAACUCUCCCGCUGAAUGCGCACAAUGCUACAGCGCAGUGUUGGUUUUAGGAAAUGAAGAAAUAACCCUGAAUUACCAAGAGCUUUUUGGCUUCAAAUCCAUAUACUGGUGGAAGGUGGAACCAAGUUGUCUAUAGUAUAUACAGUCUAUGGCUUUGACUCACUCAGUCCAGUUUGUAAUUCAUGAAUUUGAAAAGCAAAGAGCUUGGGUGUUUAAUGCAACAAAAGAUGUCUGAACUUGUGCUGUAUUUUUUGCCACAUUUGUUUUCCAUUAUUCCCUCAUUUAAAUUUGAUAAAUGAGUCAGUCUCUUCAAAUCCAGAAAAUAGUUUAGGUGUGGUCAUGACUUUCACAAGAACUGAGUCCUCAAGCAGGUCAAGAGUUCAUCAAAAAAGGCAAAGUAAUUCAAAACUUUGCAAUCAAUUAAUUCAACAUUGCAGCUUUAAAAUCACAGUUCUGCUGGUGCAAAAUCAAAUCUUUUUCCAGAGUCAGAAAGAGCCUGAAUCCAACCCCAAUAUUUUCUUAUUUUCAUGAUGUUUUCAUUUAAAUUGUGCUAACUGUGUGUGUGUGUGUGUGUGUGUGUGUGUGUGUGUGUGUGUGUGUGUGUGUCUGUUGUGUGUGCGCUCAGUGUUCAGUGUGGAUUAUAACGAUGAGUUGGACCUGCUGGUCAGCGGCUCUGCAGACUUCUCUGUGAAGGUGUGGGCUCUCUCUGCUGGGGCAUGUCUUAACACUCUGACUGGACACACCGAGUGGGUCACCAAGGUCAGACCUUUAAAACCCAAGAUGAAUUAUUUUGGCUUCCUUGUUAUUAAUGUAUUCAUGAAAAAAUACAGUGAUGUUUGAAUGUUUUUGACUGAAAACUUGUGCUGGUUUUUCCUCAAAGGUGAUCCUGCAGAAGAGUGAGGUGGAGUCUAUGGUGCACAGUCCUGGUGAUCACAUUCUCCUAAGUGCUGAUAAGUAUGAAAUAAAGGUGAAGCUCCGCCCCUCCCUGCGGUUUCCUGUCAUAGUGCUGGUGUUGUAGUACCUGAAACAUCCUUGAGAUGGCGCUGACACCAUGUCUCUCCUGCAGGUCUGGCCUUUAGGCAGAGAGAUAAACUGUAAGUGUCUGAAGACUCUGUCGGUGUCGGAGGAUCGCAGCAUUAGUUUGCAGCCCCGUCUGCAGUUUGAUGGACGAUACAUCGUCUGCAGCUCCGACCUCGGGGUCUAUCAGUGGGACUUUGCCAGCUUUGAGAUUCUCAGGUAAAAUUCUACAUCCAACCCUUCAUGCCUCUAAAAGAUAAUAAUGAGGCUCACAUUGUUCUCGUCGUGUUCAUAGUAAAAACAGAGAAAUAUUUUAACAAAGAUCCACCUUCAGCAGCUGGAAGCCCUCCUAAAUGUUUGAUGCUCCUGUUUUCCACCUCAUGUCUGUACACUCAUGAACAAAAGAGGGACAACUUCAGCUAAUUUUUUUUCUUAAUAAAACUUUUGCGUCUUUUUUCUGUUUUUAGGGUGAUCAAAACACAGGACCCAGCUAACCUGUCCCUGCUCAGCUUCGGCGAGGUUUUCGCACUCCUCUUUGAUAACCACUUCCUGUAUGUGAUGGACCUUAGAACUGAGGUGAUCUCAGGACGCUGGCCUCUGCCCGCCUACAGGAAGUCCAAACGAGGCUCCAGUUUUCUGGCCGGGGUGACAUCCUGGCUGAAUGGGCUGGACGGGGACAAUGACUCUGGACUGGUGUUUGCUACCAGCAUGCCCGACCAUAGCAUUCACUUAGUCCUGUGGAGGGAGAACGGAUAGAAGCUGCCAUGGUGCUCCGAACAGCCAAGAUACAUCAUGCAUGGACCAAAGCAUUUUGUUUUUAUCUGUUUCUUCCUCAGCGUAUAGUCCUCCUCUACACUCACAGGAACGAUCACAGACUGAGAGAGGACGUCAAACGGUUGCUCUUGACUCUGCAGAAACCUGCACACCUCUCACUGGUCUGUGAUGGUGGACAAAGACAGGAAACAGACUUUUUAAAAGCCAACGUGCAUCAGUGGCAACUAAAAAAAGGUUCAGAUCAAACACAACCGUAGAAACUCUCUUGUAAAAACCUGAAGGUGAGGGUUUGUCUCAGAUCUGCUCUCUGCUCGGUCUGGCAUUGUGCUCUGAGAUCUUUGUAGCUAACCUUUAACUCAUAGUCUCGAGGCCAAUGUAACCUCUGACCUCUUCUCACCAGGUCAAGACUGUGUCACCUGUAGCUUCAACAUGCACAUACACAGCUGUUCACUGAGCAGAUCUGCAGAAACACCUAAAGAAGAAAAGAAGAGUCGCCUUAAAUACAGACGCUGUAAAUAAUCGAGGACGUCUCUUCGACGUCAGAGCUAGACAUUCAAAGGGAUUCUGGUGUUUUCUUUAAGCUGGAGCCAGAUUUUUAUACGUUUUGAGGUCUGAAAAAGAGGUUUUUAAUUUGCACCACUAGAUUUCUUCCUCCUGCAGCAGGUAAACGAACUGCAACAUUAUCCUGCUGAGAUCCACCAAAUAAUUGUCCUGGACACAACUUCAAAUAAAAGCAGAAAUAAACAGAAAAAAAAACUGAUUUGCCUGGAAAGCAUUCAGAAAUUCAGUCUGCAUGAUCUAAUCUCUGAACAUGAAUGCCCAAAACCAACCUGUCGUGAGGCCCUCAGACCGUCCACACACUUUCUGCAUGAAGCACCAUGGUAAGACGAGCAAGAUCAGGGUUUACUCAAUUUAACAAAACUGGACCACUUGGGGGAAAAGCAUCAUUACAGUUUGUUAAAUUUCCUCUCACAGUUGUAAUGUGCAGCACUGAGCAACAUUGGUCAAUAAAACUGUCAAUCAUGGUGUUUAAAGACUUUUUUAAAAGCAUCAAAUAACUAGUUUGAACUAAACCUUUCAGAAAAAUGAACCCUGACAUAAACUGUGCUUGAUGAAACCCAACUGUAAUGACAAAAAUCAUAUUGAAGGAACAUUUAUUUGAGCUUUGAUAGUUUGGCCCAUGUUCCAUCUGUUUACAUGGAGGGUGUGGUUUUGAAGGGUUAGACUGCAGACAGACAAUGGAGGGGUUAUAAAGCUGGUUUGGCUUCACUUUUAAAGAGCCGCAUGUCAUCCAUCCGUCCUUUUAUGCAGUCUAAAGUUUACAUGUCAGCCAUAUCAGCUUGUUUCACUGCUGCAUGAAGGAGAAACCUACUGCAAAUAUCCGAAAACAUUUUGAACUGAUCAGUAAUUUAGACCCUGAAGUGCGUUAAAAAGGAGCCAAGUGUAAAAGAAGUUAGAAUCCAUCCUUAAGGGAGGAGUCCUUGAGUUUUUUUAAAGCGGUGUGCUGACUCAGACUCUGAGAAGUGGUUUGGUACAUUGUGGUGAACAAUGUAAAUCUUUGUGAGGUUUCUUGUAAUCACAGAAUCUGCUUUUCUACGAGGUGUCUGGUUUAAACGUGGGCUUGAGAAAAUGUGAUGUGCCUUUUCAGUUGGUUUGAUGUUACAAACUCGAGUUCCUCGGCACAUUGCAGUGAGGUGACGACUGCAUUGUAACUCUUACUUUCAUGUUUUUCAUAUUUACAGUGCUCUAACAGUCCAGGAUGUCUGUAAUUUUAUAGUUAUCUACCUGACAUGACUUGCUCAGUGACUUGCUUCUAUGAAUCAUUGACUGUGUGAACAUCAGGUUUAUUUUUUUAAAGAACUCAGUUCAUCGCACUUAUCAGCUGAGGGAGGGACUUGGGAAACAAUCUGUUAAUUUGUGCAUAAGAAUUAACAUUUACUGUGUCAGACUCAAUUUGAGAAUCAUAUUGAAAAAAAUUGGAAAGACAAGCGCUCUCUCAGAAUCUUCUCUGGUGUCUUCCUUCAGACAGUGCAGAUUGAAACUUACUCGUGCACCAAACCUCAUUGAUAAAAUGUGAGUUUUUCUCGUAGACUGUGAGUUGUACUCCGCAGAAAUAGCUGUGCACAGCAGCAGAUGUACAGACUGUUCUUAGUUUAGUUUAAACUCCAGUAUAUUAUAUUCUGUCUGAACUUUAUAUCCUCCCUGCAGCACUCAGCUCAAAUUGAAAACACAAACAGGAUUUGUACAUAAAGUGACGAGGUGAAAUGGGACGUGAGGCUUUUGUUGAUGUAUCUCUUCAGAGUUGAUUGCAUUGAACCACUGCACAUUGUUAUUUCUCACACCCUCCACCUGCACCGUCACAGUUCUUUGGUCACCUGCAUCAGUCCACAAUCAGCUCAAUACUGCAGUCUUUCAAUAAAUACAGAAAAUGCACCGACUUUUCUCUCUGGGUUUGCUCAUGUCAUC